GCGCGCUGGAAAACGGAAGUGACGUGUGAGCCGGUUGAAAGAAAAGACAGAAAUUCGCAGGUAGACGAAUGAACGGAAGAGAAAUCAAAGAGCGCGAGUGUUUGUCAAAGAGUCACAGGUUUCUGCAGUUUAUUCAGGUGUUUCUGGCUCCAGCUGGUUUACACAGAGUGGAGGCUGUUGUGGGAACGCACACAGUCGUUGAAUCUUCAGAAGCAAGACCUUUGACUGCUCCAGAGACGCUCGCUCGACUUGGGGUAACGAUUCUCCUGAAAACGUGUAUUUAAAGCAGACUGAGGAGGACGAUGAUGGCGAAGAAGAGCUCUGGUAAAGAUGUGUCUGGAGUGGUGUUCGAUACUCACUCUAAGGUGGUGAUGUCUCAAGGAGGAACAUUUGAGAAGAUGAAGGAAAAGAUUAACGCCGUGCGAGCUGUGGUGCCCAAUAAAAGCAACAAUGAGAUUGCUCUGGUAUUACAGCACUUUGAGAACUGUGUGGAUCGUGCAGUGCAGGCCUUUGUGGAAGGCAGUGCUGUGGAGAUCCUGAAGGAAUGGAAUGUGACCGGGAAAAAAAAGCCCAAGAAGAAAAAGAAGCCAAAACCUCAGACUGAGGCUCCUGUAGACCCUGCUCCUGCUGACUCGACCCCAGACGCUGAAUGUCCAGAGGCUCUUAAUGGUUUUCAUGCCAAUGGUUCGGCAGGCGCUGAUGGAGAUUCGCUAGAUUCUCUAAGUGAGCAGCUGGAUUCCCUGGACACAGCCGAUCUGGAUGUGGAAACCGCUGCUCCUGAGCUUUCAGAGGCCACAGGUGGAGAGGGGACGUCAAACCCAACACCCAGCCCCACCCCUCAGCACGGCACCGGUAAGGAAGCACGACAGAACCAUCACAGUUCCCGCAGUAACAAGUCUCAACUCAAGGCUGUUUCCAGCUACAAGAAUUCCUCUGUGCCAGUUCCCUCUACAGACACACAGCAAGGAUCUUCUGGCAGAAAGAUUGGGGCUAAUGUUGACCGCUCUGUGAAGGACCUGCAGCGCUGUGCGGCAUCACUCACUCGCUACAGAGUCGUGGUGAGAGAUGAGAUGGAUUCCUCAAUCAAGAAAAUGAAGCAGACGUUUGCUGAGCUCCAGAGCUGUCUGAUGGAUCGAGAGGUGACGCUCUUUGCUGAGAUGGACAAAGUCAAAGCAGAAGCAAUGGCGAUUCUGGACGGCCGUCAGAAGAGAGCAGAAGAGCUAAAGAGACUCACUGACCAAUCAGCAUCACUGAAAGAGGAACAGCUUACAGAACUACGAGCUGACAUCAAGCAUUUUGUCAGUGAGCGUAAGUAUGAUGAAGAUCUUGGUAAAGCUGUGAAGUUCUCAUUCGAUCUAGAGCCGCUCAAGUGCAGCAUCACGUCUUUUGGAUCAGUGUAUCAUCCUCAGACGAGCUACUCCAGCCGUUCUCGCUGCAGCUCCACCUCUUCCUCUGUCACAAGCUCCACCUCCGAGCUCCAGCAUCAGCCCUCUGCUUACAUGGCUCGCCCUAAUGUGCCACAUAAACAGAUUUUCCAGGGCAACAGGCGCAUUAUUCAAGGUUACCAGGGAAAUCAGCGAUAUAAUGGAAACGGCCAUCGUGACCGAAAUCCUGGCCGCACCAACUCCCGCUACCAAGGAGAUUGUUACCAUGGAGACCACAGGGAGUCCCCAAACUCUCAGCCAGCCAAUAGUGUGAAAAGCCCCUCCCACCCCUCAGCCUACCACCCAGAUCAACCCUCCCACAAUGGGCUUCCACAGAGGCAACCACGGAGCCACUGCCUGUGACACAUACACAUGUCUCUCCUUGUUAACUUCUUAUAACACACCUGUCACUGACGUUUACACCUGAGCAGUCGAGCCCCGUUCCUGUCUUACUCUUCUAUUAUUCUCUCUCUCUCUCUCUCUCUCUCUCUCUCUCUCUCUGUGUGUGCGUGCGUUUGAGUUGGUAGUGAGUGAGUGUUACUGUUAAACUUGUCAAUGUUGAGAAAGAAAAGAUUCUCCUUCUGUUAUGUGUGUGUUCAAGUCUCUGAUGUUCAACACUAAGAUGACAGGCUGAGUUUCUGUCUGUGUGGGGGGGAGGUCACAGUGGGCUGAAAGUAACUUAUUGUAAGAGUGUCUUUUCAGAUGUGUGCGUGGUGUUAUUUGAAGUAAUUUGCUUUGAGUUGCGAUGUCACUUUGAUUGAAGCUGUUGUCAGUUUCUGUUCGUCUUCACGUCCCCUCGAUCAGUGCUAACGCACGAGUCGUCAUGACUGAAUCUCAUGAAAUACCUCACACAUGCUCUUCGCAAUCUGCUCUAAUGCUGACCUUGACUGAUCAUCGUCCACAAUGAACUUCUGAAAGUUUCUUUUCAGUGAAGAUCAGCAUCAUUUUGCCCUUCUGAAAGACUCAUUAAUUUUUGCAUGAUGGAAUAUCAAUUACACAGUCAGUAUGUAGAGAUGCUGUUCUGUUUGCCAGAAUGUCUGGACUGUUUUGCUAACGCUUACACUUGACAUCAGUCCUGUUCAAGUUCAGGACUGAGUCUUUCAUUGUUCCAGCACGGUUUCUUUUAUCUCAGUCAUGUAUAUAUGUAACUAUAUGUAUAAUGUUUUGUAGCUUCUGGCCAUGUAUGUAGUGCUAAUAAGAUUGAACUACCAGUUAAGACGUUUAGUUCUUCCUCGUGUAUAGAGAAAAUCCUUCAUUUGUUUCUUGUCAAAAAUCUGAGAUUGCUGUAAAAUCAAGUGCCUUCAGUCGUGUGCUUUUUUUAUCUCUGUUUUUUAACUCUUUUUUUUUUCUGCUCCGGUUUGGACCAAAGACGUCAGACCCAUCCAGACAACGCUGCCGUUCGACACCACAUGCUCCUGUCAUGCAAACUGCACUAGCAAACACUUGUUGUCUUUCUUGCUAUUUGACCUCCUACUUUCUCUUUAAUUAUGAAUAAAGAAGGAUUAGUAGCAGAUGCUCAA